UAUAGUAUCAGCCUACAGUCGAUCAUGAUUGAAAGUUGAGGAUUGAUGAGUCACUCUUACUUCUGCUGUGUCAUGUGAUGAGUUGAUGACUGUAGCAUGAGAUAUUAACUUUCCUCAUAGCACAUUUUACCUUGUGACCUGCGUGUGCGUGUGUCAUUGGUUACCCCACAUUCCACAACCUGCCGCUGAAAGCUUGCUGCCAUUGGCCAUGCUUGCUUUUGUUUGAAAAAAGCCUUGUGACUUCCUGCUCUGAACCCAACCUGGGUGAUUUCUUUUUUCCGCUUUGAGGUUUGUGUAUGUUUGUGUUUAUUGAAUUCUGAUGCUCGGCCGUUUGCCGUCCUGGCCGCCAGCAUGUUCACCAAGAAGAAGAAGUCGCGCAUCCAGAUUUCGGCGCCAUCUAACUUUGAGCACCGCGUGCACACAGACUUUGACGAACAGGAGCAGAAGUUUGUGGGCCUGCCCCGCCAAUGGCAGUCACUCAUCGAGGACACGGCCAAAAGGCCCAAGCCUUUCAUCGACGCCACCGUAAUCACUACCAUGGAGCCGCACAAGACCAUUGUACGCGGCACGAAGCUGGGGGCGGACGGCUCUCUGACUUGGCUUCUGGAUGAGUUUGACACCAUGUCAGUGACUCGCUCCAAUUCACUGCGGCGGGGCAGCCCCCCCGUGCAGCCUCGCUUGGAGAACGGGGACCCCCACCAACGACAGCCCUCACAGUCUGACAGAGAGCGCCUCGGGUCCGACCCCCAGGGUGACCCCCGCCACGCUCAGCACCCCAUCCGAGGCUCCCAGCGAGAAGAUGGGAUCCACGCUCGGCCUCAGCAGCAGCCACGAGGCCAAGAGCCAGGCCGGGGCAACAGAGACAGACCAGGAUCCGGUCCUCCACCACCACCUCCUCACAGAGACAGACAGCAUCGGGACCAGAACCAGGAUCAGCUUGUCCGCCGCGAUCCGCAUGGUGAACACAGGCCAAAGUCCAGCUACCAGGUGCGGGAUGGCAGCCCACAAUCCCCCCGGGAAAAGAGACCCCUCUCAGGGCCCAACAUCUGCACCCCUAACCUGACGGUAACCGAUGGUGUGAUGAAGACCACUCAGCAGACGACGCGGCCGUUCAACACGUAUCCUAGGGCCGAGAGUGACGGGGGGCGCAGCCCCACUGGGCCGCCAGUGCGUCCCCAUGAGUCAUUCUCUCAAAACGGCCCCUCCGUGCCUCUCCGCGGGUCUGCCGGCUCCAAGCCCCCCAUCGGCCAGCCGCACCCUCACCACACCUCGUCGCAUCCCAGCCUGACGCCAGAGGCGAGUCAACACCCGCACACCCCUCACCCCAGCGUGCCAGCCCCAAGGCCACCAGCCCCCUCCGUUCUGCCGCCACCGCCCGAUGCCCGCUCCCCGCAGAGAGAGCCGCAGAGGGUGUCCCACGAGCAGUUCCGGACGGCUCUGCAGAUGGUGGUGGAUCCCGGCGACCCGCGCACCUACUUGGACCACUACAUCAAGAUCGGAGAGGGGUCCACGGGCAUCGUGUGCAUCGCCACCGUCAAGACAACGGGAAAAUUGGUCGCCGUGAAGAAGAUGGACCUGAGGAAGCAACAGCGCAGAGAGCUGCUCUUCAAUGAGGUGGUGAUCAUGCGUGACUACCACCAUGAAAACGUGGUCGAGAUGUACAACAGCUACCUGGUGGGUGACGAGCUCUGGGUGGUCAUGGAGUUCUUGGAGGGAGGCGCGCUCACAGACAUUGUGACGCACACCAGGAUGAAUGAGGAACAGAUCGCCACCGUGUGUCUGUCCGUCCUGAAGGCUUUGUCGGUGCUGCACACGCAGGGCGUCAUCCACCGCGACAUCAAAAGUGACUCCAUCCUGCUCACGCACGACGGCCGGGUGAAGCUGUCAGACUUUGGUUUCUGCGCUCAGGUGUCGAAGGAUGUGCAGCGCAGGAAGUCUCUGGUGGGCACACCGUAUUGGAUGGCGCCCGAGCUCAUAUCACGACUUCCUUACGGACCUGAGGUGGACAUCUGGUCACUGGGCAUCAUGGUGAUCGAGAUGGUGGAUGGGGAGCCGCCGUAUUUCAACGAGCCGCCACUCAAGGCCAUGAAGAUGAUCCGAGACAACCUGCCACCCAAACUCAAGAACUUGCACAAGGUGUCACCCGUGCUGAAGGGCUUCCUGGACCGCAUGUUGGUGCGUGACCCGUCCCAACGCGCCUCCGCGAGUGAGCUUCUGAAGCACAGCUUCCUCAGCAAGGCUGGUCCGCCGUCCUGCAUCGUGCCCCUCAUGAGGCAAAACCGCAUCAGAUGAGGACUACUUGUACAUUUUGGGCUUUUCUACUGUGGGAGGGGGGCAUCAUUUCUGCCCUGGAUACAAAACAAUAAUUUGGGUUUGAGUGUGUGAGUGAGUUGGUGUUCACUCCUCAAGUACGAUUCUUACUGCAAAUGAAAAGAACACUGUAUUGUAACCUGCCUAACCUGGAACCUUUAUUAUUAUUUGGGCCCGGCUUGGAUUUUGAGAGCGGACGGAAGACCCUGGGCCCGGUCCCAGUCCCACCUGGAUUUUUGACUACUGAGAGACACACGACAGCGGGAAAAAAAAGCAAAACAUGAAGUCAGAGGUAAACACUGGAGUUGGAUUUUGUUGCUUUUAUGUGUGUGCGUGUGAGGAGUGUCAUGAUCAUGUGAUCUUGAUUUGAUUUUAAUGUUUAGGAUAAUUUGAUGUGAUGAUGAUUUUUCAAGCACUGUCAACACACACACACACACACACACACACACAAGCAAGCCACAACAUGACUGCAAUCUAAUGACUUUAGUAUAAAAAAAUAUUUCAAAUAUGCAGCCACACACACACACACGCGCACACACACGCACACACAUGUUGUGGCUGCUGGUUGUACAUACGUACUGUUUUUUAAAUUCACUUUUUAGAUCACACAAGUUUUGUACAAAAACGAAAAUAGAUGAAGCUGAUAUUUGAUACAGCGAUGACGAUUUACAUAAACUUUAUAAACGGUGCUUUAUUUUCCCUCCCUUUCAUGAGCAACAAACGUGAUUUGAUACCAAACAAUAGCAAGCGUGGCUUUGCUGUAUAGCACAGAACAUAUGAGUUGUUAUUUUUAUACGUAGAAAUGUGCUCAUCAUGUAGCAGAACUAGCUGGUACCUGUACGUCCCAGGUCCCCUCCCAAGCAGCAGGGGGCAGUACGCAAACCUAUCCGUUCUUCCUUUGUUUCUUCUUCCUGACUGGAACAGAAUGUUGAUUCACAUGUACUGUAGGUUUUAGCUCUAAAACACUAACCAAUCAGUGAUUAUGCAAUUAAGAAUAUUUAUACUGUAUCUUUUUGUAGUUUGAUGGCGCACAAGUGAAGUGACAAUCAGGCGCAUUUGAAAUUGGUAACACUACAAACAAACAAGACACUCUUUUGAGCCGAAACCUCAACCAAAGCCCAAAUAUCUUAAUGUGUAUCUAAAUUUUGUCAUUAACGUUUGUACGCUAUACCCUCGAAAUAUGAAAACAAAUCUCAUAUGCACCAACAUGAAACCCUUCUGCUUAAAUUUGUAGAAACGUUUUUUGUCUGAUCCAUUUAAACAAAUAUUGACCAAAAAAAAUCCUUGACGAGGAGGUAAUGAAAUAAUUUAAGUCUUGCUCAGUGAUGGCAAGCUAGCAUUUCGCGAAGAAAGGUUAGCUAGCACGAAUAACAUUUUAGAUAACAUUUUUGAAUGUUGUAGUGAGCAUAAGAAGACAUAAAGAGCCAACUUGGCGUGCAAGAAGUAGCAUGUAGCUGCAUCCCGAUUAAUACUGGCAUGUUAAAGUGUCGCAUAAAGAGGCUAACCAACAUUUGUGACGACAACUUGCUAGUUUUAUGAAUUUUAUACCAUUAGUCUGGGUAAAGAUGUUCCUCCAGCUUUUUCUUCAUGUUUUUGGGUUACUAAAUGGUUUUCAUAAAGCAGAACAAAAGGACAAGGCUAGCUAACACUGGGACCGACGAAUAGCUAGUUUUUUUUUAUCAAGAUCUAAGACACUAUGACACAGAACUUUCCUUGCACCUUCAAGAUGUUUUCUUGUUUUUUCUUGUGACAAAAUGACAUCUUAAGAAGUAGAACAUAGUUAACAUGCUACUCAAUGCUGCCGUAUUAACAUGUAGGCUAAAAUAAAGGUAACACUGCUAACAAAGCUAACACUGGAAGCAAGCUAGUUUUACGACAUUUUAGACGGUUCUUGUUUGUCACAUCAUUCCUUGCACAUUGAUUUUUCUUUUUUUAACUUGUGUUAAAAUGGAAUCGAAGAAGGCUGGCAUGGCUCCGUCAAAAGUUGAGUAGGCUAGCUAACACGGGUGACUAAAAGUAGCUAGUUUUACAUCACAUACUACAUGUGUGUCAACAUUCCCAAAAUGUUUUCUCAUGUUAAGUGUCACAAAUAUUGUCUAAAGUACCGGUAGUAGAACAUGGCUACAUAUGACAAUGUGACGACUAGAGUAGCUAACACUAGCUAGUUUUACUUAACAUCCUAUGCGGCAUUCGCAACAUCUCUUGCACGUUGAAAAUAUUGUCCCCAUCGUUUUGAGCAACAAGCUUGCAUAUCAGAAGCAGGACAUAACUUCGUAGUGUGACCGACCUUCCAUAAAUGUUCCCCUGCGGAUCUUGUUCUCAAACGUUUUCUUUUGUUGCUAACAUCACAGCAGUCAUUGUUUGGUUUGAGUGCCUUCCUUGCCUUCCUCGCUGGCGAAAUGAUAGGUCAUAAUGGGUAAUGCAGUGUAAAUAACAGAGAGUAUGAGUUCCAUUUUGGUAGCUGAUGGCGUCAUCAGCGUCUGUGUAGUCACUGGGAUUUGCGAGAAAAUAAAAACACUUUGCUUUGGAAAUCGAAUGUUUUCUUUCUUUCUAGGGGUAUCUGCCUGUCGAUAGUCUGUCAUCUUGGCUAUAUAAUUGUCUGUCUAUUCACCCAUCUAACUUUCUGUCUAUCUAUUUUCUCAAAAUGAGUAGUUCAUAUGCCACACCUUUAUCUAGUGCUGCUACAGAAAGAACCGGAAACUGGAAAAAAGAUGCCAAAUUGACGAAAGACAUUUGAUGAUAGAGUCCUGCUUUUGCUGCACAGCACAACGGGGAUUGUGUGUUACUUUAUGUACCACAAUGCAAGUGUGAAAAACAACAAAAUAUCAGAAUAAAUACUGUAUGUCCAA